AUGCCAUCGUUCCCGUCAGGAUCCAUUCGACUACUCACACUGGAUGCUACGAAUACAGUUAUCGGGAUACCGAAGUCAGUCGGUGGCGCGUAUGCAGAUUUCGCGAGGAGAUUCGGAGUUCAUUGUGACGCUGACGCUUUGACAACGGCUUUUAUGAAAAAUUUCAAACUGUUAUCUGUUCAAAAACCAUGUUACGGUUUUGGAAAGGAUGGCUCGUUUGCGUGGUGGUCUGAAAUUAUCCGGAAUUGUUUUGAAGAUGUUAAUGUCACUACGAAGUUCGAAAAUUUUGAUGAUUUUUCAAAGCAACUUUUCAAUCAUUUCUGCACAACGGAGCCAUGGCAACUCAUUGAUGCAGAGGCUUCCGAGCAUCUUACUCGAAUCCGAAGCAAGGGCGUUCACAUUGGUGUGAUAUCCAAUUUUGAUUCACGUUUACGAUCAGUGCUCGAACAGUUCAAACUGGUCGGCCUGAUCGAUCUGUUGUUGCUGAGUGGCGAGAUAGGCAUUGAGAAACCUGAUCCGAGAAUAUUUCAACUGGCCGCCAAUCGUUUCCAAUUGGACAGCACCGCUCAAAUGGUGCAUAUUGGUGACAACGUCAAGAAAGACUACGAUGGUGCACGUGCAGCUGGCGCUAAUGCGCUUUUGUUCGUGGGAUCGAUGAGCACUUCAGACGCGCCUCGAGGCGGUGUUCAAUCCGAAGACAUCAUUCAUUCUCUUGCUGAUUUAACGAAAUUUAUUUGA